CGAAUUUACGUGCUGCACAUGCCGCACUUCCUGACUCUCUUAUGUUGAUGUCCGCCGAUGUCACCUGUGUUAUAUCAAACGCAUGCUGUCAUCACCAGAUUUGCUGAGGGCACAGCAGGUUUGAUGCCCAUAGCUCCAUCAUGGAGCCCUCGAAUUUGACCACACACAAGAAUGGACGGCAGAGGAAGCUAGCAGGUGCUACCGUCCCACCUGAUAACUCAAGGGACAUGGACAGGGGAGAGAUAAGCUCCUCUGAGCCAGAGGUAGACGAGGAGGGAGUCGGUCUCAUCAGAGGGUCAGACUCUGAGGACAGGUGGCAUCGCAGAGUCCGGCCUGGGAUUCGUGGUGAGCUAGGAAAUGUGUCGCUUCUUCUGUUCCUCUAUGUGCUGCAGGGGAUUCCUCUUGGACUGGCUGGCAGCAUCCCCUUGAUCUUACAGAGUAAAAAUGUUAGCUACAAAGACCAAGCUUUCUUCAGCUUUGUCUUCUGGCCAUUUAGUCUGAAGCUUUUCUGGGCACCCCUUGUAGACGCUCUGUAUUUCAGCAGGUUUGGUAGAAGAAAGUCAUGGCUGGUGCCCACACAGUAUCUGCUGGGCCUCUUCAUGCUCUACCUUUCUGUGAAGGUCAAUUCACUGCUGCAGAGUGAGGGAGGAGCGGAUGUGGUGACGCUCACUGCAGUCUUCUUCAUGCUUGCCUUCCUGGCAGCCACACAGGACAUAGCUGUGGAUGGCUGGGCCUUGACUAUGUUAUCCAGAGAAAAUGUGGGCUAUGCAUCCACAUGCAACUCUGUUGGCCAAACAGCUGGAUACUUCCUGGGAAAUGUGCUUUUUCUGGCUCUGGAGUCUGCUGAUUUUUGUAACAAAUACCUCAGAAUAGAGCCCAAAGACUCGGGCAUUGUAACUUUGCCAGAUUUCUUGUUCUUUUGGGGAAUGGUGUUCUUGGUUUCCACCACUCUAGUAGCCAUCUUUAAAAGGGAAAAUGAACAUGGCAGAGGGAAGAGAAGAGUCCCUGAAGAAACACAAGGAGUCAUGGAAACCUACAAGUUGCUGUUUUCUAUUGUCAAAAUGCCCACAGUCUUCACAUUUUGUGUUCUGCUUCUCACAGCCAAAAUUGGUUUUUGUGCAGCAGAUGCAGUCACAGGUCUGAAGCUGGUGGAGGCUGGAGUUCCCAAGGAGCAGUUGGCAUUGCUGGCAGUGCCCAUGGUGCCUCUGCAGAUCCUUCUCCCAGUGGUCAUUAGCAAAUAUACAGCAGGGCCCCGCCCUCUGGAUGUCUUCUACAAAGCAUUCCCUUUCAGGUUGCUUAUAGGACUCGAGUAUGCUCUACUGGUAUGGUGGACCCCCAGUCUGAAACAAGAAGGAGGUUUCCCAGUUUACUACUAUGCCUUAGUGCUGCUCAGCUAUGCAUUGCACCAGGUGGCGCUGUACAGCAUGUAUGUGGCCUGCAUGGCCUUCCAUGCCAAAGUGAGCGACCCCCUCAUAGGCGGGACCUACAUGACCCUGCUGAACACAGUCACGAACCUCGGAGGAAACUGGCCCUCCACACUGGCGCUGUGGAUGGUUGAUCCCUUGACCUCUAAGGAAUGCCAAGGGGCGGCCGGACAGAGCUGUGGCUCUUCAGUUGAGGCAGGGCUGUGUGUGAAGGAAGGCGGCAUAUGCGUGACAACCCUGGACGGCUACUACGUGGAGUCUGUGGUGUGUGUUGUGAUCGGUUUAACCUGGUGGGUGUGGUUAGGGAAGAAAAUGAAGCGGCUGCAGGAGCAGAGCCCUGCGGCAUGGAGAUGCAGAGCAAACCAGUGACCUCACUUCACAUGACUACAAUCUGUACUACGGACACUUGUCAGUGCACUGCACCUGCACAUUGUGCUCCAAAACAGCCAACUGCUGGACCUUCUGUAAUUUCAUCUCCAUCUGUCUGGUCGCUCUGGUCCUGCUUAAGCUGCUAAGCUCAAGAUAUUUACCCUCAGACAUGUCACUUUAAAGUGCAUACUUAUAAAAAAAAGCCAGCUUUCUUGUUUCCUUUAAAAGUAGAGAUCAUUACUUCUGUAAUGAUUAAAGUGAUUAGUGUACUACUGAAAACCUGGAAAAAAAAAAGAAACUGGUCAAUUUGGUUAAGAAUAUAAGAUAUAUAAAUAUUUUGAAUAGAAAUGUUUGUUUUUUAGUUUUCCAGAACAUGUUUUGCUGCUUAAAACAGCUCAACCAAACCAGAACUGGGUCAGGGAGGAUGCUCAAGUCAUUUUUGACUUGCUUGGAUUACAAAGUAAUACUGCAGACAGGACUUCUUGACAUUUAAAAUCCUAAUAUGUUUAAAAAAAAAUAUUGCGAAAUAGUUUGUCAACUCAGCACUUAAGGCUGUCGUGGUAUUUUUAACCAACACGAGACAAGUACUUUUUGGGAAAUGACUGGCAAAACAUACAGAUGCAGUAAUCCAGACAGUUUGCACAUGAGGGUGCUAUUCUUGUAAAUGUCAGACCUGAUGCAGUUUAACUCGGUCCACUUCAUAAUUAAACAGGGGUAAACCCAGUGUGAAGGACAUCUUUCAUUAAUGUUCGACUCCAAUUGGAGCCAAUGUUCUUUAGAAGUGAUUAGAUAAAUAAGUUCUCUCCAGAGUUAAUUUGUGCCUUUUUGCUUUUUCAAAGUUGUCUGAAAAAGUUAAAUUCCAUCAUCUAUCCUGAGCUGUAGUAACAAAGGCUGGGAACAUCACUAAGUUAACAAUGAAGUAAUUUUGAUGAAUAUUUAUCUACCAUUUAUCCCAAAUAUUUCUCUCUAUACAUCUGAAGUGUGCAUUCCAUAUGAAGAAUUUGAUUUACACUUAACAUAAAGGUUGUCAUUUAAAUUAAUAAAUAGGCUUGAAAUGUUACUUUGCCACAGCAACCAAUGUUUUCCUUUUUAUUUAAUGUUUUUUUUCUCCAAAGGACCACUUAAAAUUUUGGGGCGCUCUUGGUUUUCAAGGCAUUAUGGGGCAGUCAUAUUUUCUGAGAUGGUUUAAUUUAGCAUAUUCAGUAGAUUUUUAUUUGCUUACCUCGCAGAAGUCAGAUUGGCCUAAUUCCCUUUGAGUUUGGCCAGUAUUCUCCAGUUUCCUAGAUGCAUUAUAGCUCCACAUUUUGAAUACUAAUAGGCAUUACAGCACAUAAAAACAGGAUGGAUUUAACAUGUACAGUGAGGAAAAUACGUAUUUGAACACCCUGCUAUUUUGCAAGUACUCCCACUUAGAAAUCAUGGAGGGGUCUGAAAUUUAAAUACUUAUUUUCCUCACUGUAUGUAGUCUAAAGUUUUAGUGUCGCUCAAGGAUGUCUUUGCAGAUUCCUACUUGAUCAAUCAACACCAGCCAUCAGGGAGAAAUGGGCAGCUGUGGCUGUAAUGAGUUUAAUUGCUUGAUAUUUACCAGAAUUCCCAGACUAGAUAUAUUCCAGAUUUUUUUUUUUGUUUGUUUUGGCUUUUUAAGCCUAUAGUACAAGUAGCACGUGGAUUUGGGGUUUCAAUACUUGCCCGCUAGCAAUAAACAGAAUUACUUGCCAGCGAUGAUUCAGAUCUUAGACCAGCAUCAUGCUCCGCUGGUGUUUUCAUACUGUGCAUCGAACUGAAUGUUACAGUAUUUUUCUCCAAAUCCUGCUGCUUUGUCAAGUGUACAAGUCAUUGGUUGGAUAAGAUCUCUUUCUGAUCAAACAUUUGAUUUGUGUCUCUUGGUUUCUUAUCAACGAUUCUUCUUCUAGAAACAAGUUUCCUUCAGACUGUAUAUUUCAACUCUGCUAAAAAAAGUCCAUGUGAUGUUCACGGGAUAUUUCACGUGUAUGGCAAAACUGCAAAAACUUCUUUCAUUAUAGGCCACUGCCACUGUUUCUUUAGCAUUACAGCAUUACAGUAGUUUGUAUCAAUAUUGGAGACUGAGUUUUCAAUUCACUGUAGUCUGCUGAACAGGCCUUUAAGAGGAGCUGGUAAACUGCUGAGAUCAGCAGCAUGACGUUGUGAUUACUUGUAAUCCUUUUGAUUUUUAAAUGUUUUUACUUUUUUAAUUUGCACAUAUUGUUUGUAAUAACUGCAUAAGGAAAAAGUACAGUAAGAAUGAUGUAAUACGGAGAUCUGAAAUGUUUGCAAUUAAAAACAUCAGCACUA